AUGACUUCAAAAGUUGCCAUCAAGUAUCAUGAUCACGAUACUUUGACGUCCAAAUCGUCAUUAGGCUCGAGUCAAGAUUAUACCCUUUCCAUCGAUGGCUCGCAAGAACUCCGCUCUGUCAAAAGAGGAAGAGGAUUAUCAAUUCCCGAUGAUAAUGAUGCGUUUGAUCUCCCUUCCAGUCACCGCUCUCGCUCGAGGAGUGGAUCGACGGAUGAACUUACCAUCAACAAACUGAAAUACGAUGAGGACAUUGAUUUGGUCGGACGUAACGAGCAAAAGAAGAUACUCCAUGAUUGCUUUGAACGAAUGAUGGACGACCCAUCAUCUAGUCCCUCGUCGGGGGGGCAUCGUUCAAGGAGGAAAGAACUGGUGCUUAUUCGAGGUCACAGUGGCUCUGGCAAGUCUUCUUUGGCAGCAACUCUGAAAAAGCCAAUCUCUGCACAUGCCAAGGGAGUAUAUGUGCAAGAAAAGUUUGAUCUUUAUUUCAUUGAAUACCCCUUCUUUGCCAUUUCUAAAGCUUUCGCCAACGUGUGCUCCCAUGUCAUGACAAUGUCCACGGGAGCAAACGAAGACUUGGCCGACUCAAUCGGACAAGCUCUUCAUGAUGAGCUAGGAGCCGAUGUCGAAUCCCUCAGUCGACUCGUCCCAGAAAUCGAUGAGCUCAUUCCGGAACAAGACGCCUCCGUAUCAUCGAGGGGGACGACCGAACAGUACGAUUUUGCUGCCGGGCAAGAGAGGUUCAAAUUUGCGUUUCGGGUUCUAACGAGAGUCUUGUGCAAGUUUCUGUCUCCUUUGGUAUUCGUAAUUGAUGAUUUACAGUGGGCAGACGCAGCCUCUUUAGAGCUGAUUGCCGCAUUGCUAUCCGACGUCCAGAACAACAAACCCAGCUUAAUGAUCAUCGGUUGCUACCGUUCGGACGAAGUGGAAAAGAACAGCCACCUGGCGGAUAUGAUUGCAGCAAUCACAAAGAAGCAAGAACCCUGUAAGAUCAAUGUGACCGAACUUGACCUACAGCCAAUUGACGUGGACGAUGUCAAUAAGAUCAUCCUGGCACUUUUGGGCAUGGAUGACGCAGAGCGCACGAGAGACUUGGCGGAAGUAUGCUUUCACCGGACCCUUGGUAAUCCAAACUUUGUUAUCGAGUUUGUCGCCAUGCUAGAAAUGGAGGGCUUAUUAUCCUUCAAUCUUGGGCUAACUAAGUGGAUGUGGGAGGCAAAGAAGAUCGAAAAUGAAACUAUGUCAACAGCCAACGUUGUCGAGCUAUUGAUAGCCCGUCUGCAAAAGCUGCCCGACGAGACACAAGUGCUGAUACAAUAUGCAGCUUGUCUUGGGUCUACCUUUGACUUGAAAACCUUGGAAAUACUCUGGAAGGAUCAUGGGGCAAGAACUUGUGGGUGUAAAGACCACCUCAAGCUGCUUCAAGACGGGAACUUUAUAGAAAGUGUUGGAAGUGACUCAUUUCGGUGGAUUCACGAUAGCUUGCAAGAAGCAGCACUUGUCUUGGGAAAACAAGAUAAGGAAUCGCUACAAUUUUCUAUCGGAGUCACACUAUAUAAUGCACUGUCAGCAAAGGAUGGAGGUCUGGAAGAUCAUUUGUUUGCGGUGACUAAUCUCAUCAACCACGGGGUCAAUCAAGAGAAGGUCGAAUUUGCAAUGUUGAACCUCCGUGCUGCCAAAAAAGCGAGGAGUCUUAGUGCGUUCAAGAGCGGAAGCUCCUAUGCCGCCAAAGGAAUCCAAUGCCUUUCUGAUGAUUGUUGGACCAAUCAUCGACCGCUCGUUCUCGCACUCUAUUCGAUUGGAGCCGAAAUGGAGCUCGCAAGUGGGAACCUGGAAGCAGUAGAUGAGUAUAGCAACGAAAUCAUCAACAGAGAUUACUUUGACAUUUUGGACAAGAUGCCGCUUUACAAAUGUCGAAUGUACAAGCUGGCAACCAUGGAUUUGCGCCACCAAGAUGCCGUUGAUUGUGGCUUGAGAAUAUUGGAAGAGCUAGGGUGCCAAUUGGUGAAAAGCAGAACCUUUGUGGGAGUACAAGCCGUCAUUUCAGCAAAGCGAACCAUCACGAAAGCAAGGAAUACAUCUAUGGAAGCAUACCUCUCCAAAUCAAUGGAUGAUACCAAGCUGAAGGAAGUAAUGCUAGUUCUUUACAGGAUGACAGUUUCUUGUUACUUUUCUGGGAAUCCAAUGAUAAUGAUAUUAUGUAUCACGAGAUCCGUACAGCUGACCUUGGACCAUGGCUCGAGUAUGAUGUCCGGUGCAGCGUUGGUAAAUCUUGCCUACUUGGCUCUGGGUAUUUCAAAGGACUUCAAAGCAGCUGGCUAUUUGGCCGAAGUGGCUAUGAUCUUGGCAAAGAAGGGUCGAUCACAAUAUGUCGAAGCUCUAACAAUCAGCAAUGUACACGCAACAACGAUUGCUUGGACAACACCGCUUCAAUCUCUCCUAAACCCAAUGGCAAAUGCCUAUACGCUUGGGAUGAAAUCAGGAAACUCGGAAACAGCCAUGUGGUCGCUCUUCUUCCAUCAAUUUGAAAUCCCAUACGUGAUGGGCAAGCCUUUGGGCCCAAUGCUAGAAGCCUUCCCAAAUGCCCUUUCGCAAUGUGAAGAGAAGAAGCAAAAGGACCAAGCGUACAUAAUGCGGAUGUUCUGGCAAAUGAUGUUGAAUCUCGCCGAUGAUAAUUCCCAAGGCAAAGAAGUCUUGGAAGGGGAGAUUUACAGCCGUGAGGAAUUCCCACCUCAAUCACCUCUUCAUGAAACUCACUUUGUGUUGGUGCAAAUGAACCUCUAUAUCUUCUUUGGCAACUUCGAAGAGGCAGCCAAGUUGGCAUUGAAAGUAGGCGGAAGCUUUGAAGCCACAAAUCCUGGCAUCUUUCCCAACAUGAUGGAAACUUUUCACCGUGGAGUUGCCCUCUUUGCCAUGGCGCGAAAGACUGGUGGAAAAGGAAAGUACCGAUCGCCCGCGAUUAGGAUACGAAAGCAAGUGGAUGCAUGGCUAAAGGCAGACAACCCGAAUGUGUUGUAUUUUCAUCACUACUUGUGUGCCGAACAGGCGGCAUUGGAUCGCAGGUAUGACGAAGCAGAACGUUUGUAUGUCGAGGCCAUCAAGAUUGCCGCACGAAGUGGAGCCCUCCACCAUGCCGGACUCUUCAAUGAGCGCUUUGCUUCCUUUCUUCGCGAGGAAAAGAAAAUGCCAGAAGAAGCCGAAUACCGAACCAAAGAAGCCGAGAAGUACUAUCAAAACUGGGGUGCAAUGGGAAAGCUUGGUGUUUCCGGCAUUGAGAAACUCUUUUCAGGCUCGCCACAGUAG